GGCCAUUGACUUGCAAAGUAAAAAAAAACAUUCAAAGUCAACUUGAGAAAAAAAUAAAUAUAUAUAUAUAUAUAUAUAUAUAGAUUAGAGAAAAUCUCUUCUACAUCACACCGGGAUCUCUUACUCUCUUCCUCGGCCACCGCAACACCGGUGCAGCGCAAUCGAUCAUCGUUAAGAAAUGGGUUGGCUACUGACUCUCGCCAUCCUCUUCUUCGCCACCGCCGUCUCCGCCGCUGUAUCUCGAUCGAAUUCUCCGCAUCUCCAUUCGAUUGCAUUCGUCAAUAACACGAGCAGUAGAGGCAACACCAUGAUCUUGCCCCUGUUUCUCAAGCAGCGCAACAGCCACCGCCUCAAUGAGGACUUUUUCUCCCGUCGCCAUCUCCACUCGCGCACCACUCCCAACGCUCGCAUGCCUCUCCAUGACGAUCUCCUCCGCAACGGGUAUUAUACGACUCGGCUGUGGAUCGGGACGCCGCCGCAGAUGUUCGCUCUCAUAGUAGAUACUGGCAGUACUGUUACUUAUGUUCCUUGCUCGACUUGUGAACAGUGUGGAAUGCAUCAGGAUCCGAGGUUCCAACCGGAUUUGUCAAGCACCUACAAACCUCUAAAGUGCAACACUCAUUGCACUUGUGAUGCUGAUAGAGAACAAUGUAUUUAUGAAAGGCAAUAUGCUGAAAUGAGUUCUAGCAGUGGGGUAUUGGGAGUAGACAUAAUUUCAUUUGGCAAUCAAAGUGAUCUGGAACCGCAACGAGCUACUUUUGGAUGUGAGAAUAUGGAAACAGGGGAUCUUUACAGUCAACAUGCAGAUGGAAUAAUGGGUUUAGGUCGUGGAGAUAUUAGUAUCAUGGAUCAGCUUGUUGAAAAAGGUGUAAUCAAUGAUUCAUUUUCGUUGUGCUAUGGUGGAAUGGAUGUGGGUGGUGGUUCAAUGGUUCUUGGAGGAAUUUCCCCCCCUAGCGAAAUGGCUUUUACACAUUCCGACCCUCUUCGCAGUCCAUAUUACAAUAUCGAGCUGAAUGAGAUUCGUGUUGCUGGGAAAAAACUGCCCCUGAAUUCCAAUGUUUUUGAUGGCCAACAUGGAACUAUUCUGGAUAGUGGCACAACCUAUGCUUAUCUUCCAGAUGCGGCAUUUGAGGCCUUUAAAGCAGCUCUUCUCAAGGAAACCCAGUCCCUCAAAAGAAUACAAGGUCCUGACCCUAACUACAAUGAUAUCUGCUUCUUCUCAGGUGUUGGAAGCGAUGCAGCACAACUAUCAAAAGCUUUUCCGUCCGUUGAAAUGGUAUUUGGCAACGGACAAAAGCUACUGUUGGACCCUGAAAAUUACUUGUUCAGGCACUCAAAGGUGCAUGGUGCAUACUGUCUUGGGAUCUUCCAGAAUGGAAAGGAUUCAACCACUCUUUUGGGAGCUAUAAUUUUCCAAAAUACACUUGUGACAUAUGACCGCGAACAUGAAAAAGUUGGUUUCUGGAAAACCAAUUGCUCCGAGUUAUGGGAGCGAAUGCACUUAUCGCCUGCCUCGUCAUCUCUUCCUUCGGACACAGAUGAGGUGAAAUCAACCGCAGGCAUGGCUCCUAAGCUUGCCCCAACCGGACUCCCUCAACCCGAAACUUCAGGGGACGUGUUACCCGUGCCACUACUCGUAUCAGCACUCGUACUAGUUACGUCACUUUUAUAAUACAUUAUUUCCCGCUCACCAAGAAUUGAUUUAUGAGACAAUGACAUAUUACACAAUGUAAUUAUGAAAAAUUUAGAUUAACAAUCAUCAUCACAUUUAUUAUUUAUGUAACCAAUUCUAAUAGGCCAGAUUUGAGUUGUGGUCUCGCCCUAGCUCAAGUGAUUUAUUUUCUUAUUUUUUGUGAGGACUUAAGUGAAAUAUAUUGGAUGGUCAUUUUCAUA